GGAGACAGACGACAACGAUGAUACAUUUAAGGAAACUGUUGGAGAAAAGUCGAAGCGAAAGCAGCGGAAGAAGUAAGAUUGAUUCUGGUUCUUCUUCUUCUUCUCCUUUCAACUGGUUGCCUGACGAAUGCAUUUCAAGCAUAAUCUCCUUCACUAGUCCUGAAGACGCCUGCGUCAGUGCUGUGGUUUCUAAAAUCUUUAAAUCGGCGGUGAAAUCAGAUAUCAUAUGGGAGAAGUUUAUCCCAGAAGAUUAUAAAUCUCUGAUUCUUCCGUCGCGAGUCUUCUCGUCCAAGAAAGAACUCUAUUUCUCCCUCUGCCACGAUCCUCUCCUAAUCGAUGAUGGCAAUACGAGCAUAUGGUUAGAGAAAGCGAGUGGGAAGAGGUGUAUCAUGUUAUCUGCGAAGAACUUCUUAAGCAUACAUGGUGAUUUUCCUCCGCACCUCCACUGGUUUCCAAGUCCUGAAGCUAGAUUUGAAUUGGUAGCGGAGGUUCCUCAAACAUAUAAGUUCGAGUUUCGUUGCAAAAUGAAUACUUGUGUCCUUUCUUCAAGAACACGUUACUCGGUCAACAUUGUGUUCAAGAAAGGGUUUGAGUGUUUUGGCUUUAAGAAUGUGGCUAUGAAGGCUGAAGUUUGGCUGGUGGGAGAUGUAGCAUAUAAAAGAUUAGUGUGCUUUGAUAUGUCUACUGGUGGGCGAAAGGACAUGGUGAAACCCGUGGCGAGAGAAGAUGGGUGGAUGGAGGUAGAGGUUGGGGAGUUUUUCAAUGAAGGAGGAAGGCAUGGUGAUGAAAUUGUUGAGACGAGUAUAGUAGAACGGAAGAAAGCCCGCAAACGUGGUUUGAUUAUUCAAGGAAUUGAAAUUCGUCCUUCGAAAAUUCCCGCCGAGUUUUUGGUUUGUGGGUUGUAACUUGUGAGGGUUAACAUAUUGCUAUUUCUAUUUAGAGAAAAAAUUAAAAACU